CAAAAACAUUUUAGAAUCAACAAUCUCAAACACCCGUUUGGAACCCUAGUCAUUACAAUCGAACACAAAAGAUAUCUUUGUGAUCAUCGUUUACCAUGAUUGCUCUUCGUCGUUUUCGUUUUACCACCCGAGUUCCCUGCAUUAGGGCUUCGCCGCUCGGUUCUUCUUCUUAUUCAUCAGAUUCCGUUCCUGAACCUCUUCCUUCUUACCCAUUCGACUUACAUUCGUCCUCUGAUCUCAUAAGAAAACAACAUUGGAGUGCUCUCAAAAUCCUAACCAAAUCCACAAACCCCGACAGUUUUCUUCAACAACUUUAUGAUUGGGGUGCACCUUACGACGUCGUUCUAGGAUACUUGAAGUGGUCACACCAAGAGUUCCAGGUUAUGCGAAGAACUCAAAGACAGAUUUAUGUUUCGAGGCUUUUGAUAGAGCUGGUGAUUACGGGCUGA